UCCAACAGCUUUCAGCAAACAGAGUUGGAUUCCUUUAACCUCACAGUCCUGCCGUUGUGGUCCAGGAAGCAGAGGGAGGGGAGAACUCAUAGCAACAAUGGCUUUGGGACAUCCUGCUGGCUCUUGAAACGGCUGCCAUCCUCCCCUCCGAAAGAGCUUUCUCGCCAGCCAGGAGGACCUUCUGCUCUUUUCCCCAAGCGAGGAAGGGGAUGGAAGAAGAUCCCACCAAGGCAGGCCUGGUCACCUAACCUGGGCUUUUAGGGGCUUCCAGCAGAGGCUGCCAAGGGGGGUGGAUAGGCCUCCUCUUUGUGUGCGUGACAUAUGCGUCUUCCUGGAUCAGAACAAAUGGGAUACAGAGGAAGCAAGGAGAGAAUGAGACGCUAUCUCAGAAAGCUGAGAAAGGAAGCUUCACUGAUGGAGCCUGAGCAGAUCCAGGAGACACAUUUGUUCCCGCGGAGAACCCAUAGAAUACAUGAAGCCAGCGAUCCUGCCUCGGCCAAAAAGUACCAUGAUGUCACAGACACUUUCAUCAUGAGUCAAGUUCCUGGAAGUGAGGAGUUGGAAGAGAAGGAAGAUUCGUCUCUUUCCAAUGAUCUUGCACUUCUCUUUGUUAUGAAAGAACAUAUGUGGGAUGGAUCUUCUCAUCCUGUGGAGAAGGACCCUUCCCAAGAACCGGAAAGAGGGCCAAGAGAUUUAGAGAACUGGGAAGAAUCUUCCGAUGGAAAACAGAAUCUCAGUGAAGGACAGCUCAGCUUGAAAGAGAGCAGGGAAUCUUCCUUAAAUUCCUUGGAUGGGGAAUUCGUAAGUUGUUCUUCCACCAAUUCCCAGUCUUUCCUUCUGGAUACAACCAGCCCUGCUCUCUCCUAUCCCAGGGCAGUCAGUGCAGGACAGAUGGAGAGCCAAGUCCGUGAUUCUAGUUUUGGCCAACCUCCAAGUUUGUGUGACACACACUCUCCGACAUGGCAUGAGGAAUCAGCAAUGACAGACGCUCUUCCUUGUCAAGAAGACUCGGUCAAUGAAUCUCCUUUGGUGACUCAUAAUGUUUCAGAUUGCCACAAAAGUGCUGAUUUCUCCAACUGGAAACUGGAGACACAGCAGGAGGAGAGCAGAAGCUCUUACGAUGGAAUGGACGUUGCAAUGAGAAUCAAUGAACUUUCCUCUAAAAGAGAAGAAGCGAGUAACCGAUUGAGCAACCUGUCUUCCGAAGAGGAAGAGUUGAAUUUAGAGGGGACACAAAGAAAAGCGGACAACGUUCUAUUCCAGGUAUCUGCCAAAGAAGCGGAGGAACAUUCAGAUGUUGAUGAUGAAACGGGAGGUUUGGAGGAGAAUGUUCUCAACUUCCUCGUUCUCCAGCUCCAGGAAGAGGAAGAGAGUAACGCCGAAGGGAGCAGCUCUCCGUUACUAAAGAAAAACAUCCAAACCGAUGAUAAUGUAAGCAAUGUGAAUUGUGAGGAAUCGGAGUCAGACCAAAACCGGCUAUCGUCAACCACCAGGAAGCCAGAAUUUGCAGAAUCAAAGGCGCUGGAGUUGGCAGGCAGCGAGGAAGAGGGAGGGAAGGAUUUGAAUGAGAAAGCAGCAAAGAGCAACACGGCGACAAAUCUGGAGGAAGUAGAGCGGUCACACAAGGACCAAGAAGAACAAGAAUGGAUGGUGCGAGCAACAAUAGACUCCGCGCCUAUCAGAUCGGGCCAGGACACACUGGAUUCUUUGGAAAACAAUCUGGCUCUUUCUGGUGUAAACGAUAACAGUUCUGAAGAACUUGCUUUCUCUUUGAAGGAGGUGUCCUCAGCAGAUCACUCUCCAACAUCAGGUUGCAUAUUGCCCGAACCUUGCAUCCAAACAACUACUAUUCCAUUCCCUGGAAUGACCCCUGCAGGCUUUCAGACAGGUAGUGGAAGCCCAAGGAUGCAGGCUGCCCUAUAUCACAGCUGUGGAGAAGUGGAACACUCCGGCAUCUAUGAUGAAGCAAAGACAAUGUUCUGUGGUGAUCAAGAUAGUGCACAACCCACUGUGGGUUUUGGAGAAGAGGAUGUUGGAAAAGAGGAAAAUGCUAGGAGUGUUGAUGGUGAACAAAUAACACAAUUGUUUACAGAUGUAGCGUCAGGCAAUGACUCCCGAGAUCUUCAUGGUUCUCAAGCUACAGACAGUUCUUCUGAUGCCAAAGAAAAUCCUGUCCCAUCGUUGAGGACUAUCAUCACCGCUCUCCUGCAAGAAGGUCCCAUUAAGGGAGCCACGGAUGAGACUGUCACUUAUGCAGGAGAUGAAUCAGUUUUACAUUUCUCCAGUCAACCAGACAGAGCGACCGGUGAUGAUGAAGCUUCAGUAUUGGACAGUGAUGGAGAUGAUCGUCUUCCCACUUUUGGUGAAGACUUCCUUGAAGACACUCAGAGUUCUCCUUCCAAAGACCUCCCAAAUCCCUCUCUAGAAGAAGGCCUGUCCAAUAUAGCCAAAGAGAUGAUCAAAUUAAGUCUUUCUUCCUGGGGUUCGGUGGAAGACACUACUGAAAAUGAUGUGAAGUCCCACCGACAACCGAAACCCACAAUUAAGAAUGCUGCGUUGUCCGGGAAGGAAGCAGCAACAGACACACAUUGCACGGAGGAUGAAAGCUUAACCAGUGAGUCACCAUAUUUUGCAGUUCUUGGAAAAGAGAGAACAGAAUGUGGCUGCAAUGCCGACAGCCUCCCGUCUUGCAGGACCCUUUUUGCAAUGACCACCGAUGCAGCUCAGCUGACACAACCUUUGGCCCCAGUUCCAGAGGGGGACUCAGAGCAGAUUUUGUCCUUCAAAUCUGCUUCGUUUUUGUCCUCCAGGAAGCCUCUCCAGUUCGUAAUCUCCCCAUCCACGGCAAAUUUUAAUGCCCAGCCAACUCCCCCAGGCCUUAAUCCUGACCGACUUCUAGAACAAUUGUCCUCUUCCAACCAGGUUAAUCCAUUAGCCCCUAAAUCUUCCGCUAACGAGACUCUUUUGGAGCAUUCGUCUUUAGCCCCUGAAACCAGAUUAUCUGAGCAGCUUUCCGCUUCUGAAGGUGACUUGGAUCAGUGUUGCCAAGUUCCACAUUCCGUAUACAGCUUUAAGCAGUCUGUACCUGUGUCACACCAUGCCACUUUACCCAUUCUGUCUAGACGUUCCGUGUUUCCUUCAUUUAGUAUCAAUGCAGGUUCCCAGCGGACUAAAGAGAUCGCACAAUCUGUAGCUGCUGGACCGGGCCACAACUUCCAGGCACAACCUCCACGCAUCACUGUUAGCCGGGGUUCUCACCGUUCCCAAUCAGAUUCCAAUUCCAGGAAGCAUCUCCUAGUCGGGGACAAUCCUUCUACACAGCAGAGGACCGACGCUUCAGAAAACAGCCCCCUUGUGUCCCACACAGGAAGCAAUGAACCGACACAUCUCAGCCCACAGGUGGGCCGCCGUGCCUCUUGGAAUUCAUCCUCUAUUUCCAAACGAGGUGACCUUGUCCUGGUUUCAAGUUUGGACGAUACAACGGAAGAGUUUUCUGGUCUUCCAUUGGCCACGUGCUCUGAGUUGGGCCUUUCUUUUUCGGACUUGCAAGGUGGAUUUUUAGGAAAUGGUGCCAUGGGUGCAGAUUCCUUCAUCAGCGUCUCUGAAAUGGUGUCCAAGUUUGAAGAUACGCCCGAUGGGAGGUCUUCUAGCUAUACUCUCCAUUCCUCGGGAGGUCGCGAGAAACUGUGCGAAACCAAGUCCACAAAUGUAAGGCAGGCUCCUUCUCUUUUAGCAUUCUCUAACCCAAUCCACUUUCUCCAGCUUGGACCUCCUUCGCCCCCAAGUUUUCCAUACCCAGGGGGGCAUCAGGAUCUCCAGUGGCCAGAGCAAGAGACCAAGAUUUCAGAUGAUCCAACUGCAUCUUUCUCUGAAGGUCCAGGAAGGUUCAGGAAAGUCCUUGAAAAAACAGUGGGGGAACCUGUUUCCCUGGCGAUCCAUAGAAGAGGCCUGGAAGGCAGACAUCCGCGCCUGGAGAAGUCCUCCAGCUGCCCAGACAAAAACACCAUCGGGUUGGGCACCAAAGAAUCCGCUUUCGGAACAAAGAAGCAGGAGGCGGGGGCCAAGCAACGAGCAAAAAGCAAAGAUUGGCAUCGACAGCGCUUAAGAAAGAUUUCGAUGCCGACCGACGGUGCUGUAGACGUCUCCAUAGCCUCUCUCCACUCAAAAGAGGAAGCCGCCGCGCACAAGGACAGAGCCAACCACUUAGACUGUGUGAAAUACGGAGAGAAGAAAAUGCCAGAAAGCCUAGAAAAUAUCAAACGGCGCCGUUCCAAACUAAUAAAUUCAUCAAAACUGCUCUACCAGGAAUACAGCGACGAUGCCCUGAACAAAGCAAUCCAGAGCCAAAAACAGGCAGAUUCCUUGUCUGAAGAGGUGGAAGAGGUGGAACCGAUCUCUCCCAAGCUGCGGAGAAAGGUGCUGAUCUCCCAGGACUCUUACCUGCAACGCCUAUCCGUCUCGUCGGGCUCCUCACUGUGGCAGGACAUCCCCAUGGUUCGAGGGAGCACCAUGCUGCUGAGCAUGACCCGCGAGGAGCAGAAGCUGCAAGAGGCCAAAUUUGAACUAAUUGCAUCCGAAGCCUCUUACCUGCGGAGUUUGAACGUAGCCGUGGAUCACUUUCAACAUUCCCAGGAACUUCAGGGGGUUUUAACCACGCAGGACAAGCAGUGGCUUUUCUCCCGUCUUCAGGAUGUGCGGGACGUUAGUGCCAAUUUCCUCUUUGAACUGGAAGAGAAGCUUGAGGAGAACAUGUUCACCUUCAACGUCUGUGAUGUGGCACUCAGAAACGCACCAGAAUUUCGCAGGGUUUACUUGCCGUAUGUGACCAACCAGACCUACCAGGACCAGACUUUUCGGAGACUCAUGAACGGGGUUCCUGCUUUCCAACAGGUCUUGGAGAAACUGGAAAGUGACCCGGUGUGUCAGCGCCUCUCCCUCAAAUCCUUCCUCAUUCUCCCAUUCCAGCGCAUCACCCGACUGAAGCUCCUUCUCCAGAACAUCUUGAAAAGAAUUCCACCUGGGGCCGAUGAAGAAGUCCAGGCCACACAGGCAUAUGACGCUCUUGAAAAGCUCAUCAAAGAUUGCAAUGCAAAUGUCCAACGUAUGAAGAGCACCGAAGAAUUGAUUCACUUAAGUCAAAAUAUGGAGUUUGAAUGCAAGAUCUUCCCACUUAUCUCACAAUCUCGUCGGCUAGUAAAACAUGGAGAACUUACAGCUCUGGAAUAUAAUAUCAGCUUAAAGUGGAAGCUUACUACCAGACCCAUCUACCUCCAUCUCUUCAAUGAUUACCUGCUUCUUUCUCGACCCAGGGAGAAUGGCCGUUUCAUUGUGUUCGAUUACGCAGCCUCCUCGGAUGUGCGUGGGGAAAAAUGUGAAAUGAAACUCCACGGCGACAACAAAAACCUUUUCCGCCUUUUCCUGCUGCAGAACAAUCAAGGGAAGAAAGUGGAAUUCCUCUUCCGCACAGAAACACAGAGUGAGAAGCUGCGAUGGAUUUCUGCCCUUAUGCCCCAGCAGCCUGAACCUGACCUGUUGGAUGAUUCUGAUGCCGCUCAAGUGCAGUGUGUGAAAUCCUACAAGGCACGAGAGCACGAUGAACUGACUUUGGAGAAAGCCGACAUCGUCAUGGUCUUGCGGCAAAGCAGUGAUGGCUGGAUUAAAGGCGUGAAGCUCUCUGACGGAGAGAGAGGCUGGUUUCCUUUCGAUCACGUGGAGGUUAUCUCCAGCAGGCAAAUCCGGCAGAUGAACCUGAAGGAGGAGCAGCGGGUCAAAAACGCCAAACAGCAGGUCUUUCGCCGGAGAUAAAAGAUCCCCUUUCUCCAGAUGACCCUCCACCCUGUCCCUCCAACCCAGGAGGACGUUGCAAGGUGUUAAACUGCGUGUGUCAAAGACGAGACUUGAAGGGGCAAAGCACAAGCUGCUGUCACUGGCAUCGGUCGUGCCAGUCUGUCACCCCUGUUGGAAAAAGCAGGAGGAAAGAACUGCAUGGUUUUUCUUCUGGUUGCGGAGAAGAGGAAGAGCCAAGGAAAUGGACAAAGAUCUUCCGAAAAACUGAGCUUUGCUCUGCCACGUUUAAAUGCACAAAUCCGCCGGCCAGGGAGUUUGCUUCAGCUCUUGCAAAAAAAUUAUAAAGAAAACGCUUUAGCCCCCCUCACAGAAAGAUGUUGAGGCUAAAAUGUUAAUAUUUGAACGGGCUUUGGACUGUCUAGCAGAAUGCAGUAGGGGGAAAAUACACUUUGUGGUAUUCGGAUAUAAAUGGCCUUUUCUUUCCAUUUUAGCAUCGUGCGAAAUAAUGUUCCCACCAAAGAAAGAAAGACGUUACCACAACGGCUGGCGGGGAAAAAAAAUUAGGUCCAGGUUUCUAGCAUGAUUGGCGUUCUGAUGUGGCUCUGAUCCCUUUUGCAGCCCCCCAACAUGUGUCUGCACUUGCACAUU